AUGACUUCAGCUCCCCAGGACGGCUGCUCGGCCCAGAACAUUCCCUCCCUCUUCACAGGCAGCCCUUCUCCUUCCAGGGCACCCCCACCACCCCCUGCACGCCAUUGCCAGCCCGCAGCAGAACUGGGACUCCCGGAGUCGGGCCCGGGGGUGGCUCCGCGACACAGCCUGGCCCAGCGGGUGUUCGCUGAUCCGGUCAGGUUUGUGCUUCUGGUCCAAGUGUCCAGGCAGCUGGUGACCUGCACAGAGAUGGCCUGGCGCAGCCACGUGAGCACAGCGCAUCCAGGGAGCUCCAGGGUAGCAGGGUCGGGGACACGGGUUCCAUCCGAGGCCUCCGCAGAGGACCACAUUGUCCAGUUGACCCGUUGUCCCCUGGGGGGAGCCCAGACGCUCUUCGCAGGUACAGAGGAAGCUUGGGCUGGGGGCAGCGAGUGUCCCAGGACGUGGCCUGCAGGGGGCGCUGGGCCUCUGGCCUCCGAGGAACAGACUGUGCAAGACCUGCCUGGGCCACCCGGCCCCACCCACGACCCUCUCGCGACCCCGCCCACAGCCCCACCCACGACCCACUCACGACCCCACUCACGGCCCCACUCACGGCCCCACCCGCGAACCCACCCGCGAACCCACCCGCGGCCCCAGCCACGGCCCACUCACGACCCACCGGCGGCCCCACCCACGGUCCACUCACGGCCCCACCCACUGCCCACCUACGACCCCGCCUACGACCCCCACUCACGGCCCCACCCGCGAACCCACCCGCGGCCCCAGCCACAGUCCACUCACGACCCACCGGCGGCCCCACCCACGACCCACCCACAGCCCCACCCACGACCCACUCACGACCCCACUCACGGCCCCACUCACGGCCCCACCCGCGAACCCACCCGCGGCCCCAGCCACGGUCCACUCACGACCCACCCGCGGCCCCACUCACGGUCCCGCCCACGACCCCCACUCACGGCUCCACCCAUUGCCCACCCACGACCCCGCCCACAGCCCAACUCACGGCCCCACCCAUUGCCCACCCACGACCCCGCCCACAGCUCCACCCACUGCCCACCCACAACCCCGCCCACGACCCCCACUCACGGCCCCACCCACGACCCCUCCCACGGCCCCACCCACUGCCCACCCACGACCCCGCCCACGACCCCCACUCACAGCCCCACCCGCGACCCCACCCGUGACCCCACCCACGGCCCACUCACGGCCCCACCCGUGACCCCACCCGCGACCCCACCCACGGCCCACUCACGACCCCACUCACGGCCCCACCCGUGA